UAGAAAAACCCACAUGUUGUUGGGAAUGGUCUCUUCGAUCUAUUUGAGGAAGUUGUGUACGUUUUCUUCUAAAAUAGCUGAGAGAUUUUACGGCUUCUCUGGUCGGUUGAGAAGCGAAAUGUUUUUACAGAGGUUCAGUCCAACUACAGGAAGAAUGGAAUGGGUCAUGGAGGAUGAAUAUUACGACAUGAGGAAUGAAAUCGCGAGAUCGUCUUAUGCAGACAUGCUUCACGAUGACGAGAGGAACAAAAUGUACUAUCAGGCAACCAAAGACGCUGUCAAAAAUAUCAAAGCUGCUGGGAAAAAAAUUCACAUGCUAGAUAUUGGAACAGGGACUGGACUUCUGGCCAUGAUGGCUGUGAGGAGUGGGGCAGAUGGGGCCACUGCUUGCGAGGCAUUUGAACCUAUUGCUAAAGUAGCUAGUGAAAUAGUGAAAAAGAAUGGAUUUGGUGACAAAAUCUCAGUUAUUGGGAAACGCUCAACUGAAUUAUCAAUGGAAGAAGAUGGAAAUUGCCAAAGCAGAGCUAACUUACUAGUAACAGAACUUUGGGAUACAGAACUUAUUGGAGAAGGUGCACUACCAACUCUAAGGGAUGCUUGCAAUCGCUUACUGGAGCCAGGAUUUGUCAGUGUCCCAGCAGCAGCUACAAUUUAUGCUCAAGUUAUAGGAAGUGAUGCACUUUGGAGUAUGCACCAGUUAAAUCCACAGCAGAUGUUAGACAACCAAGAUAUUACCUUACCUGCUGAUAUGAAAGAUUGUCGUGGGACUGCAAGUGGUUUUGAUCUACAUGUUGAUGAGCUUUCUGAUGAAGAAAUUCAUAUUUUUACAUCACCUGUUCCAAUUGUUAGGGUUGAAUUCUGUAGUGGAUGUCAGUCAAAGAAUACCCACUGCACCAACAGAGUGUCAAUACCAGAGACCAAAGACAAAGUUGACAGUGAUAAAACAGUGUCUCAUUAUCAUGUUGAGGCUUCAGUCACCCAGACAGGUCCUGUACAUGGAGUGGUCAUGUGGUGGUCUUUAGAUAUGGACAUGAAUGGUGAAAUUAUCUUGUCAACUGCUCCACGCUGGGUACACCCUGAUGGCCACAAAAGACAGUGGAGAGAUCAUUGGAUGCAGGCUGUCUAUUUCUUAAAGACACCGUUGGCCAUGCAAGAAGGUGACAAAAUAAAUGUUCACUGUUACCAUGAUGACUACAGCAUUUGGUUCGAUGUCACACCAGUGAAUAGAAUUGUAACAACAGUUGAUCGUCCGCUCUGCACAUGUGGUGCCCAUGUCACCUGGAGUCGUCACAGAUUUGCUUUGUUGAAUGACAGGCAAAGAUCACAGGCUUUUAAAGAGGCAUUGAGACAGUUGGUUGCAGAGGGUCAUUCUAGAUGUCUGUGUAUCAGUGAUGGGUCAUUGCUUCCUGUCAUGGCAGCCAAACUCGGUUUUGAGAAGGUCAUUACAGUAGAGUCAUCAGUAUUAUUUCAAAAGCUUCUAAAGAAGAUUAUGGAUUUAAAUGGAAUAGCUGACAAAAUAGAGAUUCUUAGUCAAGAAGAGUCAGAUCUGCAGAUUAGGGACUUAUCAACUGUCCAGGUUGAUGUUAUUAUAGGUGAGCCGUUUUUUACAAGUUGCCUGUUUCCGUGGCACAAUCUAUAUUUCUGGUACGCGGCAGCCAGUGCCGCUAGAGUAAGCAAACCAGCAGUCAAGAUAUUACCUAAGGGUGCAACCUUGAAGGCAAUAGCAGUGGAGUUUGAUGACCUUUGGAAAUUCCAUGCCCCUGUGAAUAUCGUGGAAGGAUUUGAUAUCUCACUGUUUGACGAACUAAUAGAGGGAUCAAAACUUACAAAUGAAGAAAUCAACAGUGAAAGUAGUGAUGGGAUAGCACUGGAGCCUCAUCACUUGUGGGAGUAUCCGUGCCAUCCUCUAACUCAGGAAUUCACCCUAAUGGAAUUUGACUUCACUUCAAAUAUACCAAGCCAGAAAAUGGAAAGCAAAGGAGAAGCGAAACUUACGAGGCCUGGCACUUUUCAUGGUGUAGCAAUCUGGAUGGACUUCCACCUCACUGAUAAAUUAACCGUUACUACAGGAUUACAACAGAAAAAAGAUGGUGCAGAAGAGAUAUCUAAAAUAAACUGGGUUCGCCACACAAAGCAAGGAGUAUACUUUGUGAAGUCGCCAACUAAGAUUCACGAUUUAACUCUUGCAAAUGAAAAUACUUCUUGUAUGAGUUAUGAUGUCAGUUUUGAACCAAGCACGGGAGAAAUAGAUUUUAACUUUCAGUUACAGACAAGCUAACGAAGGAAUAGCAUUACAGGCGUAGAAAAAGUCUCUCAAAAGCGUCUAUCUUGUUGGAGUUCUUGGAAAGACAGUUCUUGUUAUGUUAGGGUUUGGGCAGCCCAUUUUCAUCAAGAAGGCUAUGUUCUUCGCCCAGUUCACUUGGGCCACUGCCAACCUAAGAGAGAAAUAUCAAUAAAUAAUAAUAAUUCAUUACUAUCACACUGAAUUACAAAACACACACUUUCGCGACAUGGGAGAGUUCAUAUGCUUAUGCACUUAGAGCACGAUUUCUCCCUUUGUAUUCGCUUGUGUUCGGGGCUUUCACUAAAAUUGAAAGUUUGUCACCAAACAUUGCUUAUAGCUGAUCUGUGACGAGAUACUGUUUUUAAUGAAAAAACGUGGAGUUGUAACCAAUGCCUUUACGCGGAGAGAAAUGAGAAAGCAACAGGCAAAAUUUGGCUUCCUAGGAGUGUGCCGCGCCGUGCUAUCAGAAUGGUUCAGUUUGUCAAAGAUGAAGAACAAAGGAUUACAUGCUCACCUUUGUUGAAAUAACGUACUUUACAGCUCCUGGAGAUGGUUCAAUAGUAAUCGACUUCAAAAGAUUCUGCAAACCGAAAAAAAAAUUUGUGAGCUUAACCCUGGAUUAAAACUCGAGGGUUGUUUACCUUAA